AUGACUUACAACUUAGUGGCACCUUUUCUUUUACUGUUCUUCUUCUUACUCCAAUUCACUUGCAAUUUGGCUCAAGCACCUUCUAUGGUUCCAAUGCAACCAGCUCAAUCUUCUGCUCCAGCUUCACUGCCACCAACUAUUUCUUCUCCUCCAGCACCAAUAUUGCCCCCAAUUAUAGCCUCUGCUCCGGCUCCAGGACCACCUGGUCCGCCAAACGUGAUAAAAAUCCUUGGGAAAGCAGGACAAUAUUCGACGUUCAUCAAGUUGUUGCAAAUCACUCAAGAAGUUGGCGAAAUCACCUCAUUACUGAACAACUCCAAUAGCAUAACCAUGUUUGUUCCAUGGGAUGGUGCUUUCUUGAACCUGAAAACUGGCACCCUUAACUCUUUCAGUGAUCAGCGGAAAGCUGAAUUGGUUAAAUUCCAUAUCAUCCCAUCAUAUUUCUCCCUGUCACAGUUCCAAACGGCUAGCAACCCUUUAAACACACAAGCCGGUGGAACCACUAAUCGUGAAUUCCCCAUCAAUAUAACCACAAAUGGGACAGCACUGAACAUAACAACAGGGAUUGUGAAUGCAAGUGUGUCCAGCACAAUUUACACUGAUAAUCAAUUAGCUAUUUACCAAGUGGAUAAAGUGCUCCUCCCUUUGCAGUUUUUUGACCCACCAUUACCACCAGCACCUGCUCCAGCACCAUCAAAGCCAAAAAAGGAUGCUUCCUCGUCAGAUUCUUCCUCUGUUAAUGCUGUUCCAUCUGGUGCCACUUCUCUUCUUCCCUACAUGCUUCAGGGAAUGGUCUAUCCCGACUGCUUUUUCUUCUUCUCUGUUUGCUUUGUGUAUAUGAGUUAA